AUGACCGUGACCUCAUACAAUUGGUUGGACAGGGCCAAGCCGACGAUUGUUGUCCCAGGCAAACCUGCGAAGUGGACACCGCUGGUUGAGCCACGACAGCUCAAGCCUGAUGAUGGGCAGUAUUUUCGCGAUCCCAAUGCCGCGCAUCAUCCGAAGCAUCCCAUGGAGCCCACGGUUCUCGCUGUCUUGGCUCAGAAUACAAGAGAUAUUGAUGUCGUCGCCUGCGGUAGUACUCUCGGAAACCUCCUGCGGUUUAUCCGGGGCGAGGACAAGCUGUUCAGGUUUCUGGUGGAACUUGUCGAGGGAGCCGUAUUCUUCGUUCGCAGGGAGAACACACCGCAUGAGCUCAUACCAGAUGUCAAAGGAUACGGCCACUCGUUCCCAGAGGCUUACACGACAUGGGAGCUUGACGUUAAGGGAUCUGUGUCGCACCAGCGAGUUCUCUCGUACCGAUUUGGUGGCCUUAGCUUCCUAGUGAGAUUUGAAGGCGACGGAUACAUUUUGGCCGAAAGCAAAGAUGAGAAGGACGGUCACGCUAUGUCAUUCCAAGCCACUGAAGGAAAGCCGAAGGGCGCAGUCGAAAGGUCAGCAGUGGCACUCGACCAGAGUCGUGUAACUGCUUCUGCGCCAUCUGCUGCCUCAGAAUUGACGAUGUCCCCUGCUGGAAAACUGGUCGACCAGGAGCACAUCUUCGAUCUCAAGACUCGGUCCAUUCGGAGGAAAGAGGCGGCAACGUUCGAGGACACCUUUGCCGACCAGCUACCUCGAUUGUGGGUGUCGCAGGUACCCAAUUUCAUUCUGGCGUAUCACGACCGGGGGAAAUUCGAGGAUAUCACCGUGAAGGAUGCGCAGAAGGACGUCAAGGCCUGGGAGAGGGGCCAAGCUCGCGUCCUAUCGCGCCUUGCUGCCCUCAUCCAUCACAUCGUCGGCCUCGUCAAGUCAAGGCCCGAUGGGAAGCUCGAGCUCCGUCACGCAAGAGCGGGAUCACUGGAGGUUCGUGAGCAGCUGGAAGAUGCUGGUGACGCGUUGUCCGACGCCGUGAAGCUCGAAAUUGCAAAUGUGUCUGAGUCCGUUGGGACGGACGAGCAAUCUUUCAUUAUGUCUAAAGCUGAGUCGACGAUUGAGAAGUUGUCAGGUGCAGCCGACUCGGCAGACUCGCAAGCCUCGGGCGACCGACCACCCAGCCCACCACGGGACUCCAGUGGCAUCGCUGCCACUGCCAUGUACUUAACCGCGAUAUAUUCCAGCAAUCUGCUGCACACCGCGUUCACAAAAGCAGCAGCAGCAGCAGCAGCAGCACUACAGAGACUGGAAGCCAUGCCAGUGGUGUCACAGUCAUGA